CUUUGUUGCCUAUCUACUUUAUUUCCCUUCUUACUCUUCCUCCCCACCGAUUCCCCUCCCUGUUCACGCCUCUAACCAUAACCCAUAGAUAUAUUUACAGAGCUACAGGGGGCCACUCUUCGCCUUCGUGAGAUACCUACGUCCUCGGAGGCAAAGUGGCACAGCAGCAGCAGGACCACAAUAAGGUCGAGACAGGAAAGGCGAAGUAGAGGAAACCUAGAGCUCAUACUAAAGCUAUGGCUCCCGCACUUGACGUCCAGACCCCGGCCGAUACGGUCCAGAGCCUCAAGGCCCGUGCCAAGCAGGCAGACCGGUCUAUCUUCCCCGACGGGCUCAAGACGACCGGCCAACACCCCCCGCUACCUGACCAGGUUUACCCUUACAGCGCGUUCCCUAAACGCAUCGGGGGCCCUACGGAAUGGAAGGCGGAGGACUACGCCGACUAUCCCGAGCGAUGGAUCCAUCAGUUCUCCCAAGAGGAGCUAGACGAGCUGUCCCAGGUGGCGGAUGAAUUCAUCGCUCUCGAUCUACCCCUUACCGGCAUCUCCAAGGAAAAUUUCCGGCUCCCUAAACUAGGGUCGUCGUUAGCCACCAUGCGCCGCGAGCUGUUGAACGGAAAGGGAUUUAUUCUCUAUAAAGGCUUCCCCGUCGACGAAUGGGGCAUCCCAAAAUCCGCCGUCGCCUAUAUGGGCUUAGGAGUCCACCUAGGCUACCCGGUCUCGCAGAACGGACGCGGCCACAUCCUGGGGCACGUCAAGGACCUCGGCGAAGAUAGCACGCAGAUCGACAAAGUCCGUAUAUACAGGACCAACGCCCGUCAGUUCUUCCACGCUGACGAUUGCGACAUCGUCGGCCUGCUGUGCCUCGCGAAAGCCGAGUUUGGCGGCGAGUCGGACGUGGCGUCUAUCCACAACGUGUGGAACGUCUUGCAGGAGGAGCGGCCAGACGUUGCCGAGCUGCUCGCCAAGCCGGUAUGGUACUUCGACCGGAAGGGUGAGGUUUCCGACGGAGAGGAGCCGUACAUCAAAGCGGCCGUCUUCUACCUCGAGACACCAGACCCGGCGAACCCAGAGCGCGAACAGCGCGUAUACUGCAAGUGGGAUCCGUACUUUGUCCGCAGCUUGAGCCGGUUCUCUGACAAGGGGAUCAUCCCACCCUUGUCACCCGAGCAAGAGGAAGCGGUCAAACUCCUCGAGGCCACUUGUGAGCGAGUGAAGUUGCACAUGAUUCUGAGUGUCGGCGACAUCCAAUUCGUCGCCAAUACCCACACCCUCCACGCGAGGACCGCGUAUCGCGACUUCGGUCCUGAUAGCGGCAAGCCGAGGCGCCACCUGCUGAGGCUCUGGUUGUCUGUGCCCCAAGACGAGGGAGGAUGGAGGUUGCCCUUCUGGGACUCGGACGAGAAGAAGCGAGGAGGGAUCCAGGUCAACGACACGCCGCCUGUAGCAAGACUGGAGGCCGACUAAGAUAAACCAUGUGUACUAUCAUAUCUGCCGCAAUAUAUAGGUAGAGAUGUAAUAGUAUUAUGCGUUAGCGAUGCGUUUUGAAUUGCCGUCGAGCUGAAGAUACCUGGGGCCGUGAUCCUGGCAUAGCUAUGGCUCGACGU